AUGGCGCGCGUUGGGCUGGAGGCAGAUCGGUUCACGUGCUGUGUCAGACCGAGGCGCAGGCAGCAACAGCUCAGUAAUAUUCGAUUCAGGAAGGGCCUGGUUUACUACUCCAGGAGACAACUGGAACGCACGAAGCAGGCAGUUCAAAAGAUUGAGCCCGCAAUUGAGGCGGCCGUGCAGACACAGGGCCAGGUUGUCCUGUGUGCCAGCAACUGGGUAGUGGUCAAGGACUGCGAGCACUCCUUCGACCCCUUUAUCUUCGCUCUGUUCAGGUUCACAGUGGCCGCGCUCGCGUUUUCGCCUUUCCUGAAAAAGGCGCUCACCUCCAAGCUCAUACGGCGGGGUGGCCUCGAGCUGGGCUUCUGGAUGGCCCUAGGGUAUCUCACGCAGGCGCAAGGUCUGAUCACCACAGACGCCUCUCGCGCUUCGUUCAUCUCAACCUUCACAGUGCUGGUGGUCCCUAUGCUGGCGGGAGCUUCCGGGAAGGCGCACGUGAAGCCGCUCACCUACUUCUCAGCGCUCAUGACUCUUCUGGGGGUGGCUCUGCUCGUGGAGAAGGGCGGAGCCUUCAACCCAACUCAAGGGGACGCAUGGAGCCUCGCAAGCGCUAUCUUCUUCGGCGUGCAGGUGUUCCGGACUGAGAUCAUCAGCCGUCGCCUAAAUAAGAACGCCGUUCUUCCGCUGAUGGCCGCAGCGCUCACCACCGUCGCCGGCACUUCUCUGGUCGCCGCGGCCGUGACUCACCCUCAGGCGGUACAGAAUCUGCUGGCGCUGCCAGCCCAGGUGCAUGCGAUGGUCCAAGGGGGGAUUCCUUGGUGGCAGAUCAUGUACACAGGGCUCAUGUCCACCGACGCAGUGCUCAUGAUCGAGGUGGUGGCGUUGCACGAUGUGUCUUCCACAGAUGCAGCCAUCAUCUACACGAUGGAGCCAGUCUUAGGCGCAGGCCUGGCCUAUGUGGUGCUAGGGGAGCGGUGGGGCAGCCUCGGAUGGGUGGGCGCAGCUCUGAUCAUUGCCAGCAGUUUAGCAGCGCAGAUCGUGGGCACCGAAGAAGCGGUAGUUCCCGAGCCCGAGCCCAAGCCCAAACAACUCAAGACUGGCAGGCGAUAG